AUGGAGAAUCUAUGGCGAAUCGCGACGGGUCAGGAUCCGAACCGGGAGGAUUACGAAGGGGUUGAGUUCUGGUCCGACCCGGAGCGAUCUGGGUGGCUCACGAAGCAAGGCGAUUACAUAAAGACCUGGCGGCGACGCUGGUUCGUGCUCAAGCGAGGGAAGCUCCUCUGGUUCAAGGAUCAAGCCGCCGCCGGAACCCGUGGAUCUACGCCGCGUGGUGUGAUCUCCGUCGGUGAUUGUCUCACCGUCAAAGGAGCUGAGGACGUCGUGAACAAGCCGUUCGCGUUUGAGCUGUCUAGUGGUAACUACACCAUGUUCUUCAUCGCUGAUAACGAGAAGGAGAAAGAAGAGUGGAUCAAUUCAAUUGGAAGGUCGAUCGUGCAACACUCGAGGUCUGUGACGGAUUCUGAAGUCCUCGAUUAUGAUCACAGGCGGUGA